AUGGGUCCUAAAAAGCGAAAAGUGGACACUGAAAAUAGGAGAUUUUUGACUGAAUGUACUGAACAAUAUUGUUUUACGCUGCUUGAUAGACCUCAAGCGGUUCCAGUUUGCUUAAUAUCAAUUCCACAAAAAUUUCCUCUUAGCAGUGAGGCUCGUAAAGAAAAAUUACAGAAUAUCAGUUCGUACGAAAAAAGCACGAAAUUUCUGGUUUGCUGCAUGAGUGAGAAAGAAAAAAAAAUGGGCAGAAGCAGUGUUACGUGUUGCUGGACACUUAGUAAACACCAAAAACCAUUUUCAGAUUCUGAAAUAAUGAAAGAAUGUAUGUUGGAAGUAGCCUCGGCACUUUUUGAAGAAAAAAAGGAUGUUGUCGCUGCAAUUCAAUGUCAGCAAGAAGAAAUACAAGAAGAACGUACCACUCGAGGGGAAGAUUUAUUCAAAGCUAUUGACGAAUUUACUAAUAAUUCCGACAUUCGUUAUGAUAAAAUAGUGUCGCUUUCAACUGACAGCGCCCUAGCGAUGACUGGCAAAGAAAAAGGUUUAGUAAAGAAAAUCAGGGAUCAGAAUCCAGGUCUAAUAUCGUAUCAGUGUAUAAUUCAUCAGACUGCCCUUUGUGGAAAACUCAGUGCUACACUGAAAGAAGUAAUGGACAGCUUGGUGCAGUUGAUUAAUUUUAUAUCUCAUUCUUCUCUUCAACACCUAAAGUUCAAGAAGUUUCUUUCAGAAUGGAGCAAAGAAGCACUUAGAAUUCAUAACAAACGAGCGCGAUAUGAUAUCUAUGGCUUUUCUGAAGGAUAUUCUGAAAUAUUUAAAUUCGCUAACAUAGAGUUACAAAGGAGUGGGAAAUUAAUAUACGAUCUGAUACAAAGCGUAUCUGCUUUUCGUCGUAAGCUGGAAAUUCUUGAAAAAGAUAUUGCAAGGCACGAAUUUACUCAUUUCCCAACAAUUCAAAUGAAUUUUCUGCCCGAUCUAAGGGACGAAUUUGCUACAAGAUUUCAAGACUCUGCAGAAAUUGGAAAGCUGUCUCAAUUCCUAAAAUUUCCUUAUGAAGUUGAUGCAUCGGCAGAAUGGACUGAUGUGCCUGCUAAGUUGUUCAGCGUUUCAAAGUCUUCACUUCAAGUGGAGAUAAUCGACUUGCAAGAAGAUAUUUCUUUGCAAAUGUAUAAAACUGUAUCCACUGAAGAAUUUUGGGUCAAGGUUGGUGUACCCCUCAUACACCGAACUUUAAAAAACUGGCUCAAGAGCGUCGAUGUAAUUUCUCACAUUGAAUAUGUUACAAUAUUAACUGAGAACUACUUGUUUUACCCUUUUUUGGACACUAACUUGACUUGA